CUCCAAAAUCAACCAUGCGUUGACCUUCCUUUCAUCAAAAUCGUUACAGAGAAGGUGGAAAAUUCUCUAACGCGCUUCAACGAAGAAGAAGAAGAAACGAUCCCAAUAAUUCGAACCUCCCAGAAACCCAAAACCCCCUUCCAUUUCCACUCUGCAAAUUCUCUGCAACUUCUCUCACUUUCUCUGUCAUCCUUUUUCAGGUGCAAAACCCCCAACAACUACUAAACCGCCAUUGAUUUUCUCUUUGGAGUUCAAUUUAAUUUUCCAGUUAUUGUUGUUGCUUUACGUUCAAGUUUCCCCUUAAAAGGGAAGCAAAAAUACCACCUUUGUUUUGGUGGGAAAAUGCAACCCAUGAUGCUUCUGAGAUUUGUCUGACCUUUUUCUUGGGAAAUUUGUGAAGAAAAUCAGUUUUUCUUAUCUGGGUAUUUUAGUUUUAGGUUAACUGAGGAGAAAGCUGAAAACUUUAUCUGCUUUGUGAUUUUGGUGAUUUUCUGGGUCAUGCUUUAAAUUUAGGGUCGUGGAUUGUUGUUCUUGUUGAAUAGGUGUAUAGGGUUUUGGAAUUGUUGGCAAUUGUAAUAUUUUGGUGCAGGUGGGUGUUUUUUUGGGGGAUUUUGUUUUUUUGGGGUUUCCUAGUAUCCAUAAGGUGAUUGAGGGUUUGGCUUGUUUGGAAAGUUUGGGAAUUGAUUGAUUUUUGAGUAUUGAAUUUGGUAGGGUGAGAUUUGUGAGUAGGGGUUGGGGUUUUGACUGAUGGAUGAAGCACAGAACAGUUCAAGUUCCCUGCCUCCUUUCCUGGCAAAGACAUAUGAGAUGGUGGAUGAUCCUUCUUCGGAUCGGAUUGUUUCCUGGAGUGCGACUAAUAGAAGUUUCGUUGUAUGGAAUCCCCCAGAUUUUGCAAGGGAAUUGCUCCCUAGAUUCUUCAAGCACAAUAACUUCUCAAGUUUUAUCCGGCAGCUGAACACAUAUGGAUUUCGGAAAGUUGACCCUGAACAAUGGGAAUUUGCCAAUGAUGGUUUUGUGCGAGGGGAACCACAUCUUAUGAAGAAUAUUCACAGACGGAAGCCGGUUCACAGCCAUUCUAUGCAGAAUCUCCAAGCACAUGCACCACUAGGGGAGUCAGAAAGGAAGAGUUUAAAUGAUGAAAUAGAGAAGCUUAAACACAAUAAAGAACGACUCCUUAUGGAGUUACAAAGACAUCAGCACGAGUGGCAACCGUAUGAGAUACAACUAAAUUGCUUAAAAGAACAGUUGGAGAAGUUGGAACAGAAGCAACAAAAGAUGGUCUCUUCUGUUUCUCAAGUGUUGCACAAGCCUGUGAUUGCUCUAAAUCUAUUGCCACCGACAGAAACCAUGGAUAGAAAGCGGAGGUUACCAGGAGGUGGCUACUUUAAUGAUGAAGCUAGCAUUGAAGAUGCUGUUGAUACUUCCCAAAUGUUACCCAGAGAAAAUGCAGAGGGGGCCUCUGUUUUGACAUUAAACAUGGAGCGAUUGGAUCAGCUUGAGUCAUCCAUGUUAUUUUGGGAAACUAUUGCACAUGAAACUGGUGAUACCUUCAUUCACAUUCAUACAAACAUGGAUGUUGAUGAAUCUACAAGUUGUGCUGAUAGUCUGUCUAUAUCUUGUCCGCAACUAGAAGUUGAAGUUCGGUCUAAGUCAUCUGGAAUUGACAUGAACUCUGAGCCAACUGCAGCUGCUGUUCUUGAGCCCGUUGCAUCGAAAGAACAACCUGCAGGAAAAGCUGCAGCAACUGGUGUUAAUGAUGUGUUCUGGGAACAAUUCUUGACAGAGGAUCCCGGUGCAUCAGAAGCACAGGAAGUGCAGUCAGAAAGAAAGGAAUAUAAUGGCAGGAAAAGUGAAGGAAAACCUACUGACCACGGAAGAUUUUGGUGGAAUGCGCGAAAUGCAAAUAAUCUUCCAGAACAGGUGGGGCAUGUUAGUCAAGCAGAGAAAACUUAAUGACAAUUGGUAAUUCCUUCUUGAUUGUGGUGCCUCACAAUCACAUGUAAUAAAUUUAGGUAUGCCCGGUUUUCUAUUCAUUAUAUACAUAUUCAAUAUUUCGGGUGAAAUGAAUAUUUGCAUCUA